CUAGCCUUGUCUCUGUAAGCCGUGAGCGAACUCCAUCCGUCAAACACUACUGAUGCGGAGUGAUACAAAAGAACACGAAUACUAGGCGCAAAACUGCACGAUUUCGGAAUAGUGCGGUAGUGGUGUGAAGAAUAUUCCAUUUCACUGGCUGUGUCCACAAAGAAAAUACGCUCGAAGUGAUUUCACUAGGUAUUCUUCCGUUCAAACGUUUCAGGUGCCUCGGAUUUUGUCGCCCGAGAAGAAUCGAUCAUUGCGCGUCGUCCGUGCGGAACGGGACCUCUUUGAUCUUAUUUUGCGUUUAUUUUUUUUGUGGUUGUAAACAAAAGGUGUGUACAGCGGCGGUGAACGCCAAAGCACACAGGCGAAACAAUAACAAAAAGUAGCGUUCCGCCCUCGCGCGCAUUUUCUCACCCUUCCCGGCGAGGAGCAAUCGGAUGUGUGUUCUUCGGGUGCGGAAGCGGGUGUAGCGCCAAAGAUCGGUAGUCCUCAGCGGGGUUCACUUACGCGGGUACGUUAAUAAUGAAAGAAUUGUCCGAUCUACUGCGUGAGAUUAAACAGUGCAGCGAGAACGGUUUGGAUGAGAUGGAAUUCUGCGAGGAUUUUAUAAAGCUGCAAACGAUCUUCAAUCACACGAACCAGUUCGUUCGAUCUUUCGAUAAAAUCGUUUUCCACGGAGGAAAUGAAGCAUGCAUCAUUGAGAUAGUGGCCCGAUUGGUGAAAUAUCUUCGCAUUCGACGUUAUCUAAAUGAGGAAAACAAACCGAUCCCCGAGUGCGAGCACCAGCUGCGUAAGAUUACCCUCUUCAUGGUACUGAACACCGAUGUCAGCUUUAAGUUUGAUCUGGCGAAGGACACCCGGAUCUGCCAUCUGUUGAACACGAUCCCACCGCUGACCAAGUGCCUUCUGAUCAACUGCAUCUGGGGGGCGGGUUUGGAUGGGUAUUUCUACGAGAUGCUCUCGUACAGUCCCCAGUGGUUUAUGAUGCAGUUCAUCGACCAGGCGGUGACCAGUUUGAAAUUCACCAAACCGUUCGAGAUCCUCGAGCGGGUGGAAUCGAUGGUGAAGGCGAUCUACUACAGCAUCUGCCGGACGGAUUGUGACUGGAAGAAUGUGGAUCGCAAUCGGUAUGUGGAGCAUCAGCGCAUUCUGGGGAAGCUGUUUGAUUUCCUGAUGGAACUGCUGAGAUACUUCAACACGCCGGAUAUGAGCAAAUUCGAGAAGUGGUCUCGCAUGAGAAUGCACCGAUAUUAUGGUUUUGCGCUGAAGCACAUUUUCAGCAUCAUUUUGUAUUGCCUCGAUUUGUACUUGAACAAGAGUCUGUUCAAGGUUGAUGAUCGGAUGGCUAUUUAUCAGAUUAUGGGCGAGAAGCACGUUCCAAAGAAAGAGAUCCCAGAGCAGUAUUCCUCCGGUAUAGAUUCCAAUCUGAUGAAGAUCAACAAUUGUUUGCUGAAUACACUGCAAACUUGCGUGAUGGAAGUCACAAUCGAUGGGUUCAUGUGUUGGGUGGAAAUCGAUUUGUUCACCGAGGGGGAAGAGCAGCAAACGCUGCAGCAGGUUAUAGGCGAAUCGGCUUACAAGCUGUGCGAUAUUUUGAAGGAUAACAAGGUGCUGCAGCACAACGUUUUGAAACAGCUGCCGUCGAUAUCGUUGCGACCAAAGUCGCAGGCCGAGAAGGCAAUGGAUCUGCCGAUGCGCAUUCUGAUGGCCAAAAUUGAAGGCACGCGGGAGGUAUUCGAGAGGAGGAUGUUUUUCAAUGAGUUCAUUCGGCGCGGAGCGCUGGUUUUCGGUAAUAGCGAGUGUCUGGAUUUGAUGGAGAAAAAUCUUGAACUCGUAUCCGGCGAUAACGUGCGGAAAAUGAUCGAAUACGACAAUCGCCCGCGUGACGAGGAUGAGAUGGAAGAGGAUGAAGUUUCGGACGAGACGAUCAAACUGAGAGAAUUAAUACUUAAAUCGAUAGACUUCCUGCUGUUGGAAGAGGCACACACUCUGAUCAAGUUUAUGAUCGGCGCGUACGGGUUGGAAUAUGAUCGCUAUCGGACGCCGAAUCUGGUGGAGGAGAUAGUCGAAUUCACCAAUAAACUAAGUUCCAACUCAACGGAGCUGACCGAUGAAGAUUUUUAUGUUCCACUGCGUCUCAUCUUUCAGUGUCCGUCACUAUUCUACAGCCGCCUGACACGAUCUCUGUACGAUUCAAGCUUUAACAAUUUGAGCUAUAUUCACGCCAUCAUCAAGGUAAUCGCCAAGCUGAAAUCCCUGGCAGUGCCUUACCUGAGCGCACAAGUCCGAGCGUUGCUCUCCAAUCAGUUCGAGGUAACCCAAUCCAGAUCACUGCCUGUGUUCAUUCUAAAACUCUACGAGAUGGAACUGUUCGAGCGUAAUCACUUCCUGCAGGGCUAUCUGCUGCAGGGCGCCGAGGAAGCAUUCAAAACGACCAACAUGCUCGCAUUCGGGGACAUUCUCGGCAUCAUGCAGCUGGUCGUGGAUAAAAAUCUCAACGUGUUCAAGCUGGACACACUCAAGCAGACCGUGCUCAAGCUGGCGGAGUUCUCCGAGAAGCUGCGCUUUAACGUGGCCAAGCUGCAACCGGAGUACCCCCAGGGAGCGGACCGAGUGGCACUGCUGGAGAAGAUACUGAAGAUCAUUCCGGGUCCGGUGCGAAUGCUGAGAGCACUCAAGGAAGAACCCAAACGAAUAUUCAAAGAGCAAACGGAACGCUUCACCGCCAUCACCAAGUUCUACUUCCAGCGUGCGUUUCUGGACGUUGCUGGCGGUCAAACCGCGAAGGAAUUCGCAAAGUACCUCUACCAGACGAGCAUCGACGAAAACACGCCGAAAGUUCAGGUGCGAUUGUUCCUCUCGAAGACCUUCGUCCAGUGCACGAGUCUGGAGGCAGAAAGAUUAGCCCGGAACGCACUCUUGCUUCCACAUAUCAACGAUGCGGUUCUCAUUAUUCUGGUAUUGCUGACCGAGCAGCCGAAUCACUACGAGUGUCUGAAAAACUGCCUUCUGAACUAUUUGCAUGUGGCGCAGAAAUGUCUCCUCCCGCCCUUGCUGACUGCGGAGGCCAACCCAUGCGACCGAGCCACCUUCGUCAAAUCGCUGGUCAAACUGAUCGUUAAGCUUCCCGCCAUAACCCGUGAGCGCCUGCUAGUGGCCCUGUCGUUUGGCCUCUCGGCGAUCGUGCAGCAGAUACGCGCCGUCGACACCAGCGUGGAUCUCGCCGAGAUCGAAAAGAUCCUGGAGCAGCAGCAACAGCAGCGUGGUCAUCCUGCCAACAAGUCCGCGACGAUGUCGCCCAUGCUGAACGGAUCGAAAGAGAGCGACAUCUCUUCUCGGGAUUCCGUCGUCACAAUGGUGACCGAGUAGAGGUGCUGCCGGAGUGUAUAAGUGACGAUGAAUUCGGGUCGGCGGGCGCAAAUAUAAUACGGGAGGCAAUGUUACGACGUGAUUGAUGUUAGGCGAAAGAUUAUUUAAGAUAUUGCUACACACACACACACACACACACACAUCUUUCCGCGAUGAGAGUGCAACGUUUUGCUUCGUUCCUUCAUUGGUAAUCUUAUACUUACACUUGCUGUAUGUUUUCAGUUUAAUGGACUUUUGCAAGUAUGAACAUGAACCAUACCAUAUACAAUCGACUCUCCACACAGAAUUCCCCAUUGGUUAGUAAUAAAAAGGUUUAAUAUUUAGUAAUACUCGAA